AUGCAAACUCUUUGUAUUCUUAAUGUCAACCUGGAAAAAUCUGAAAACCUGGAGAGGCAUCGGACAGAUGGCUUCAGCAACUCCGAAGAACUGGUGGUGCGAAGAGGAGCCCCGAUCAGAGUCAGUCUGCAACUGGAGGGCCGAGCCUUCAACACCAAGACCGACUAUCUGAGGGUCCAAGUGAUGCUAGGCCGCCUGUAUGUGUUAAUGCCAGUCACUUACUCCAAGAGGAUUUGUCCCACCCGUUGGAAAGCCUAUAUUGACCAAGAGGACUUCGACCUCAAGAACCCAUCCAUCUUCAUUUCCUCUCCUGCCUCUGCCUCGGUGGGCUCCUACAGAUUGAAGAUAUCUGUGCUCAUUCGGGGCAGUAAGAAGAAGACCUGCGUGUUCGGCAAAUUCAUCCUGCUGUGCAAUCCCUGGUGUCGUGCGGAUGGCGUGUAUAUUCCAUUUGAGGACCAGAGAGAGGAGUACAUCCAGAACGACUCCGGGCUGCUGUUUAUAGGCACAGCUAUGAACCCUGCGUCAAGGCCGUGGUCCUUUGAUCAGUUUGAGCCUGGUGUUCUGGAGGCGUGCCUGAAACUGCUCGAACUCAGCCCUCAGCACCAAAAAGACACAAGAAUAGACUACCUGAACCGCAAGAACCCCGUCUACAUCGGCCGCGUCGUGUCCGCCAUGAUCAACAGUGAAGACGACCGUGGCGUGCUGAAAGGGAAAUGGGAAGGUGACUUCAAACAGGGAGUUAAUCCCUCCUUGUGGACGGGCAGUGGGGACAUCCUGACGCAGUGGGCUGAGUCUGGUUUCAGCCCAGUCAAGUUUGGACAGUGCUGGGUCUUUGCAGCUGUCAUGUGCACAGUCAUGAGAGUUCUUGGCAUUCCUUGCCGCGUUAUCACAAACUACAACUCUGCUCACGACACCAACGACAACCUGGUGAUUGAGGAGUUCUACAGUGAAACAGGGCAGAAGCUGAACCGCAGCAAAGACAGCAUAUGGAACUUCCAUGUGUGGGUGGAGUGUUGGAUGACUCGCCGGGAUCUGGGAUCUGGGAUGGAUGGCUGGCAGGUCCUGGACCCGACCCCUCAGGAGAGGAGCGGAGGAGUGUUCUGCUGUGGCCCGGCUCCAGUCAAAGCCAUCAAGGAUCGGCGUAUUGACCUAGUUUUUGACAUCCCCUUCGUCUACGCCGAGGUGAACGCAGACAUCCACUCAAUCAUAUUGAGCAAGGGUCGGGUGGUCAGCCACAACAAGGACACGGAGAGAGUGGGAUCCCUCAUCUGCACCAAAACUAUUGGCUCCCCUCGACAGCAGACCAUCACAGGAAACUACAAAUACGUGAAAAGUCCGACACCAACAACGUCAUCGAGAAGUUUCACAGCGUCAGAGGACUCAACGUUGAGCAGAGCAGGCUCGUCCACAGGGAUGUUGGUCUUCCUGUAUCUGGAUAAAGCUCCUGUUGCCGGGGAGCCUGUCCGCUUCAACGUGAAAAUCGUCAACACGCAGAGGGCUGCCAAGAGGAUUAAGGUGCAUCUCAAUGCCCAGGCUAAAGAAUACAACAACAGCCCCUCAGACACCUUCUGGGAAACCCACGGUGUCACAGAACUGGCACCCAUGGAAGUCGUUGUUCUUCAGGAGCAGAUCCUCCCGGCCCAGUAUGAGGACGUGGUGGGAGACAACCUGAUCAACCUGGCUGUGGUCCUGGAGGACAUGGCCAGUCAGCAGCGGGUUCUGGCCUCAGAGGAGAUCAACAUCACCAGCCCUCAGCUCACCAUAAAGAUCGCAAGUGAAAACUCCAUCGUGCCUGGCGAAACGCAAUCUGCCACAGUGACCUUCACAAACCCAUUUUCUCACAUGGUGGCUGGAGUAUUGACUCUGGCUGGGGCCGGGCUGAUCCAGGGCAAGAUUCACUUCAGGAUGCUGCCACUGCAUCCAAGAGCUAGCAUGAAUCACCGCUUUACCUUCGUCCCCAGUAAGGUGGGAACAAAGAUGCUGCAGGCCAGCCUGACUCUCUCAAACAUCAACUCCACUAUCAGAGGCUUCAAGAUGGUCUCUGUCAACAGAGCCUAA